AGCGCGGUGGAGAGCCGGGGCUGACAGCGGCAGGAGGCUGGACUGAGGGACUCGGAGAAGCUCAAAGGCGGCGUGGGGGCUUCUCCGCGGAGUGUGGGGAUUCUGGUGAGGAGGCUGGGCCGGGGGAUGCUGCGGGCUCUGGCUGCCCGGCUAGCCGCCGCGGAGUUGGGCUGCGCGGCUCCGACGCUGAGCCCAAGCCUGGGCGAAGAGGAGGACCUAGAGGAAGACAGCCGCCGCGGGGAAAGGCGCCGCGCGCCGAGGAGUUGCGGGACUGGCGCGGAGCGGGUUCCCCGGGUCCCGCGCGGUGCGCAGUGCAGACAAUAAAGUAGCAAGGCGACAGCCCCGCUAGCCCGAGGAGGGCGGCUGAUCAGGCUUUGAAGAGGAACCCAGAAGAAAGAAUGUGGGGAAGGAAUAGAUGACGCUGGUGCAGGCCAGACAGAAGCCAAGGGUCCUUCCAGCGAGAGCAGGCUGAGGGCGAGAGACAAGCCACUAGUCAAAGAUGACAGAAGGCAGGCACUGUCAGGUCCACCUGCUGGACGACAGGAGACUGGAGCUGCUGGUUCAGCCCAAGCUUUUGUCAAGAGAACUGCUGGACCUAGUGGCGUCACAUUUCAACCUGAAAGAGAAGGAGUACUUUGGGAUAACAUUUAUAGAUGACACGGGUCAAGAGAACUGGCUGCAGCUAGACCACAGGGUUCUGGAGCAUGACUUGCCUAAGAAGCCCGGCCCAGCUAUUCUGCACUUUGCUGUCAGGUUCUACAUCGAGAGCAUAUCCUUUCUGAAGGAUAAGAACACGGUGGAGCUGUUCUUCCUGAACGCAAAGGCCUGUGUGCACAAGGGGCAAAUUGAAGUAGACAGUGAGACCGUCUUCAAGUUGGCAGCCCUGGUUUUACAGGAAAGCAAGGGAGAUUAUACCAGUGAUGAGAAUGCCAGGAAGGACUUGAAGACACUGCCCGUCUUUCCAACCAAAACCCUUCAGGAACAUCCAUCACUUGCUUACUGUGAGGACAGAGUGAUUGAGCAUUAUUUGAAAAUCAAAGGUCUGACUCGGGGUCAAGCUGUGGUCCAGUAUAUGAAAAUAGUAGAAGCCCUACCAACCUAUGGAGUUCAUUACUAUGCAGUGAAGGACAAGCAGGGACUUCCAUGGUGGCUUGGGAUCAGCUACAAAGGGAUCGGCCAGUAUGAUUUACAAGACAAGGUGAAGCCUCGGAAAUUAUUUCAAUGGAAGCAGCUGGAAAAUUUGUAUUUCCGUGAGAAGAAAUUUGCUGUGGAGGUGCAUGACCCACGAAGGAUUUCAGUGUCCAGAAGAACUUUUGGACAGAGUGGCCUGUUUGUACAGACCUGGUAUGCAAACUCCUCUCUUAUCAAGUCCAUCUGGGUAAUGGCCAUUAGCCAGCAUCAGUUCUACCUGGACCGGAAGCAGAGCAAAGCAAAAAUUCCCUCAGCCAGAAGUUUAGACGAUAUCGCAAUGGAUUUAACAGAGACGGGAACACAGAGGGUCUCCAAGCUAGUGACUCUGGAGGCAAAGAGUCAGUUCAUCAUGGCAAGCAAUGGCAGCCUGAUAUCCUCAGGUUCUCAGGACUCAGAAGGCAUGGAGGAGCAAAAACGAGAGAAAAUCCUGGAGCUCAAGAAGAAGGAGAAACUGCUGCAAGAAAAACUCCUGAAGAAAGUUGAGGAGCUGAAGAGGAUCUGUCUGCGUGAGGCAGAGCUCACGGGCCGGAUGCCCAAGGAGUACCCGCUGAACACAGGCGAGAAGCCCCCGCAGGUCAGGAGGCGAGUGGGGACCACGUUCAAGUUGGAUGACAACUUAUUGCCUACUGAGGAGGAUCCGGCUUUACAAGAACUGGAGAGCAAUUUCCUGAUCCAGCAAAAGCUGGUUGAAGCUGCAAAGAAACUCGCCAGCGAGCCGGACCUUUGUAAAACCGUGAAGAAGAAACGAAAGCAGGAGUACACGGAUGCUGUGAAAAGGCUGCAGGAGAUUGAAAACUCCAUAAACGAAUACCGAAUCCGCUGUGGAAAGAAGCCCAGCCAGAAAGCCACAGUUACCCUACCAGAAGAUAUAAUUCCAUCUGAAAGCAGUUCUUUGUCAGACACCACCUAUGAUGAUCCCAAUGACUCCUUCACUCUCGCUGGCCAGCGACCAAGUUCGGUGCCUCAUUCUCCAAGAAUUCUGCCCCCCAAGUCUCUGGGUAUUGAUCGAAUCCACUUCAGAAAAUCCUCCAUCAACGAACAGUUUGUGGACACCAGGCAGUCCAGAGAAAUGCUGUCCACCCACAGCAGCCCUUACAAAACCCUGGAGAGGCGGCCCCAGGGAGGACGGAGCAUGCCCACCACGCCAGUCCUGACUCGGAAUGCCUACAGCAGCAGCCACCUGGAACCGGACUCUUCAUCUCAGCAUUGCCGCCAGCGAAGCGGAAGCUUGGAGUCCCAGUCCCGCCUGCUCUCCGAGAUGGACAGUGACAAGCCAUUCUUCACCCUUUCCAAAUCCCAAAGAAGCAGCAGCACCGAGGUCCUGGAUGAUGGGUCUUCGUACACCAGCCAGUCAAGCUCCGAGUAUUACUGUGUGACCCCUGCUGCCGGCCCUUACUACACCACCCAGACUCUGGACACCCGUGCCCGGGGUAGGAGAAGGUCCAAGAAACACAACGUUUCUACUUCCAAUUCAGGAAGCAUGCCCAACCUGGCACAAAAGGAUACUUUGAGGAACGGUAUCUACUCAAAGGGUCAGGACCCACCCCCUUCAGGUUACUGUAUCACCGGAUAUCCACCAUAUGCCGAGUGUGACCUGUAUUAUGGUGGCGGCUAUGUCUACGAGAAUGACACCGAGGGACAGUACAGUGUCAAUCCUUCCUACCGAUCCUCAGCUCACUAUGGAUAUGACCGCCAGAGGGACUACAGCAGGUCUCUCCACGAAGACGAGGUGGACCGCGUGCCCCAUAACCCUUAUGCAACUCUACGGCUGCCAAGGAAGGCUGCCGUGAAAUCUGAGCACAUCACCAAAAACAUCCACAAGGCCUUAGUUGCUGAGCACCUGCGUGGCUGGUACCAGAGGGCUUCUGGGCAAAAGGAUCAGGGCCACAGCCCGCAGACUAGCUUUGACUCAGACAGGGGAUCACAGAGGUGCCUGGGAUUUGCUGGGCUGCCGGUGCCCUGUUCUCCAAGCAGUCGAGCAUCUUCCUACUCUUCAGUGUCUUCUACAAAUGCUUCCGGGAACUGGAGGACGCAGUUAACCAUGGGGCUAUCUGAAUACGAAAAUCCAGUGCAUUCUCCCUACACCAGCUACUGUGGCACCAUCUACCAUCCCUUGCCUUCUCCUAACAGGCAGUACGCAGAGCCCACUCCGCUGGACGGUCCAGAUGGAAACGAGUUGGAAGACAACCUGGAGAAUAGUGAGCAGAGACUCUUUUGGCACGAAGACUCCAAGCCUGGAACAUUAGUCUGAAUGCAGUUGGACCUCCUGACCGAGCACUGCGCGUUCUCACACUAGUGUGCCUUGCAACUAGUCUGUCCGUCUUCUAGAAGGCUUUAGAAACUGAAGGCAUCAAAGGGUGAAGAGAAGACUUAGGUGGUUUGAAAGUGAAUCGCACCCUAAGCCGCACAAGACCCUGGAUGAGGUCUGGUCUUCAAACCCUAGGCACUAACCCACCCUUAAGUCUGAGCCCGUUGUGGGACUCUUGUCAAGAGGACAGGCAUGAAGCCUUGACCCACGGUGAGCUCUUAUGAAGGGGGUAACAAUUGUCAAAGACAAGCCUCAGACCUGGUGACACAUUCAGGGAGUCUGUCCCAUUGGAAAGGAGGACGAGAGAUUUCAGAGCACAGUUUAGAACGCCGAGAGAGAGGGAACCCCGAAGCUCCUAAAGCGUGGCUCACCAUCACAAGGUUUGAACUUGUGAGCGGACAGAGAACAGGCUGUUUCUACAAACAGAUGAGGAUGAUUUAGACAGUAUUGGAGACUUACUUGAAGAGAAGUUAGAUUUUUCAUGAAGUUCUGAGUGAGUGUACAUGUCUUAGGAUAUUACAAAGUGAUGGUUUUCAUAGGCACCCUAUUACGGAGUCUAGUCAUGCUGAUUGCUGUAGCAUCCUGUACUGUAACUCAGUGGUAGCCAGCUAGAGGGAAUGAAGGAGGUCGCAGCUGCUUGGAGACCAUUUUCUUGAGGUACAUAGCACCAAACCCUGCUGUGCUUCCCAGCAAACACCAAGGGCUCACACUGCAGC